UUAAGUAUAUAGACUUCACUCACUUAUUUCUACAUCAACAUAAGUUUUAUUGUCAGUUUCAGUCUCUGAUUGUCCCUCUAGAAAUUAAACUGUAAGGAACAGUCCAAUCAGGCCCAAAAUGGCCCAGCUUAAGGCUCUUCUUCUUUUUCUUCUUGUUAUAGCUGUUGCACCUAUUUGUAGCAGCAGUCCUACUUCAACCACAGAAAAGGGAUUGAACUGCUCGUACAUUGUGAAUGUGGAGACAAGCUGCACUGCAGGAGCAGGCACAGGCGAUCAUGUAAGCCUUAGAUUUGGGGACUCAGCAGGGAACCAUGUGUUAGCAAAGCAUCUAAAGGAGCCCAUUGAAGGAAACCAGGAAAAGCCAUUUCAGUGGUGUUCUUCAGCCAAAUUUAAGAUAGAGGGUCCAUGCGUAAACCAAAGCGUAUGCUAUCUCUACCUUAAAAGGAUUGGUGCUGAUCAUUGGAGGCCUGCUAGAGCUCGUGUCCAUUCAGCUGUAGAUCAUAAGCCAUUUGGGCCUGUGGAUACCUUCUAUUUUCGUAGAUUUAUUCCUAGCAAUGUGUGGCAUGGUUAUGACUAUUGUGACAAUUUUGUUAGGAGAGAACACAUGCAUGAAAACUCGGCUCCUGCAACUUCAACUCAUGCAAUGAAGUAUUAUUAUGAUCACAAGCAAGAGUAAUUAAACAGCAAGAUAGGAACUUGGUGGAUUUUUCAGUUUUUAUCUUUGCAGAAGAAAUCUAGUGUUUCUGAGUGAAAAUGUAAUAGUUAGGUUAUUUACUAAGGUUUUUUUUUCAUCUAUGUUCUAGAAGACGUUUCCCUAUGUCCUUUCAAGGAAGUAGGCAUAUGUUAAUUGUAAGGAAUAAGGAUUGAUAAAUAUUUAUAAAUGUACUAGAGUCUUAAGCUUUUAUAUUA